AUGAAUACAUAUCAAAGAAAAUAUGUUGCUGAAUAUGAAUUACCUAAUAGAUCAGUAACAAUAUGUCCAACAAAUUCUUUAAUUUCAUUAGAAUGUCCACAAUCACCAGAAUAUCAAACAUGGCAAUCAAAUCUUCCAGCAUUUCUUAUAUCAAUUGAUUAUAUUCGUUCAUUUCCAUCACGUCUUGGUCAUGAUUCAAGUUCAUGUCAACCUGAUCUAUCACAUAAUUGUAAUAAUUAUGAUUUACGUUAUAUAAAUACAUUAUGUAAUGGAAAAUCUCAAUGUUCUGAUAUUCCAACAUAUCAAAUACGUGAUCGAAGUUUAUGCGCAUUUAAAGCAAUUACAGAAAUUGGUUUUCAUUGUGUACCAACAUGGAAUUUACGUGAUAUACAAACAAAAUGUGACAUAUGUAAAAAUGGUUCAUUAACAAAUGAUUAUGGUUUUAUAUAUUCACGAAAUUAUCCAUUACAAACAUUACGUAUACCAUGUUUUACAACAAUCUAUGCACGACCCUAUCAUAAAACUGUACUUUAUUUUGUUAGUGGACAAUUAAAUUAUGAUGAAUUAAGAAUUGAAAGUGUCUCAUCAGACGGUAUUACGAUUUUAAAUAUAACUUUAAAUGGAAAUCAUACAACACAUCAAUUAGCUGUAUCAACAUAUGAAUUGAAAAUAACAUUUUUACCAGGACAUAUUUAUUCACAACAUCCAACAAAUUAUUUACUUUAUUUUUAUACAAUACCAUUUUGUUCAAUAACAGAACCAUGUGUACCUAUACCAUUACCAUCAAUAACAACAAAUAUACCAACAAUAAUAACAACAAGUCGAAUGCGAAUUCAAUCAAUUGGAUGGACAGGAAUAUCAAAUAUUUGGAUUGUUAUUCCAAUUAUUUUAGCUUAUGUACUACUUUUACUUCUUGUAAUCGUUUUAGCACUUUUAUUCCAACGUCGUCGUAAACAACAAAAAGCCUUAGGUACUAUCGGAGCAAAAACUUUAACAUCACGUUAUUUAGAUACAAGUGGUACUUCAAGUCGUGCACAACUAGUUACACCACUACCACCUCUUCCUAAUAAUAAUCCUGAUUUAAAUUCUUAUCGUCAUACAAGUGUAUCACAAAGUACACAUUAUCCUAUAACAAAUACAUCAUUUGCACAAAAUAUGGAAAGAUAUCAUCGUGAAAGUCGAAGUGAUUAUGAUCUUCAUCAUAAUUCUAUGAAUGGUAUUGAUUAUGAUUAUCAUACAUCUGUACCAUAUCGUAGUCAUACAUCAAUGAGUAAUGUUAUUCGUCGUCCCUAUGGUACAAUAGAUUAUAAUAUGAAUCAUCCUCCUCGUCGUCGUUCAUUACCAAAAUCAUUUUCUGAUUGUGAUUUAUGUAAACGACAAGUUUUAUCUGAAGAAUAUCAAGAUUAUUAUAAUAAUGAUGAUAAUUGGCAUUUAGAAAAUACAUUAGAACGAUGUACAGAACCAAAAGCAUAUCGAGAAAAAAUAAAAGAACGUUUUCGUGAACGUUUAACAGUACGAAAAAUUCCUCAUACAGAUAUUUUACCACCAUCAACUACUGUUGAAUAUUCAACUGUUCUACCAAGAAAUCAACGAAUUGGAAGUGAAACAAAUCGACAAAAUCAUCAUUUACCAUUUGAAUAUAUUCCAAAUGAAAAUUCAAAAAAUGUUCGUACUGUUGAAUAUAAACGAAAUUCAAAUGAAGAGCAUGUUGCUAUUGGUAAUAAUCAACAACGUAUAAAAAAUGAUGGUGAUAAUGGUACAUCAAAUUUUACUGUUAAAUUUUAUGAACAAGAUGAUGAUGAAAUAAAUAAUCGUCUUGAUCGAUGUUUACAUGAAGCACGAGAAAUUCAAGAAAUGUCAAUGAGAAUGAGCGAACAACAACAUUCAAGUUUUAAUACACAUCAAUAUCAUCAUCAACAACGUUAUAAUGAUAAUGUUGAUAUUUAA